UGUAAAAACACGCUGAAGUGAGCCGUAGUUUGCAGGAGGCACGCUGAAAUCCUUAGCAGACCCCUCACUUCGUCUUCUUCAACCCCGGGGAUUGAGCUCUAAAAGUGGAGCGUCUGGAGGUCUUUGCGCGGCUCGGAGAGGAAAGGCUCCAACACCAACUCAACAUGACUGUUUUCCUCCUUCACUUGCGGGAAGCGAACACCUGACGCAUCUCUCUCUCUCUCGCUGUGGAAGUGAUCUCCCCUUCUUGCAAUCGGGAUAUAUAUAUAUAUUUAUUUUUUUCUUCUCCAGCCUGCAAAGCGGGUAAGAUCCAACAACCUUCCAACUCUUAUCGCUACGCGUGCAAAACUGAAAGUGUGCGAGGCAGGACGGGCUGUGUCAGCUCUCCGGACGGAUUAACAGAUCCUUUCCUCUCUGGUGGUGGUCUGUAAACCCGAAAGGGGAAACUUUUGAGGAUCUCUGGUGCUUCUUCUUCUUCCUCACACUUCUCGUGUCGAGUGUGUAUGGACCCUGGUGAUGAUCCGUGAUGAUGCUCGCUGAAGGGUCUCUCUGAGCUGAAACCCGCCAUCGUAAGACCCCGUGGAUGAAGAGGACAAUGGUGAAAGCUCAGCGGAGCCAGCCUGUGAAAUGUGGGAAGACCCGGAAGGAGAAGGGAAGCAAGGAGAAAGGAGGUGGUGUGAAAAAAGGGAAAGAGAGAAAAAAUGAGUUGAGAGGAAGGAAAAAGAAGGAUCAAAAAGAGCCACUUCGACAUAGAAAAAAGACACUGGCAGGGGGUGAUGGAGAUGCGUUGGAUUGUCGCGUCCUUCUCACCCGUCUGGAGGAGAAACAAGUUGAGGAUAAAGUAAAGGAUGCACAAAAAGCUGGGAAACAACAGAGGGUUAAAGUCAAGAAGAAGCUGCACUCCAGCUCCAGUCUAAGAAGGACCAAAUCUGGAUUGAAGAAAGCAUCCACAGCCAAUCAACAAGCACUGGAACCAAAAAUCAACCGAUCUGACGCCUUACUCAUGUUUCCCGCACCUGUAUUUGAGCCCCGCCGGCGGAGAAUGGCCUCUCUUAACGCUGAGGCUGUCAACAGCUUGCUAUUCUACAGAGAUGAUUCUCUGGCGUCAAAUCUCACAAAGAAACGGCAGCCUUCUAGUGAAGAUAAAGCUAACGAUAGUCUCACUAAAACUGAACAUAGAGGUCAUAAAACCAAAAAGGUUCAUCCAGGAGGCAAAGCAGACCCAAAAGAAAGACCUAAAAAACAGAGGCGGUCAGCAGCGCAGGCUCAGAACAUCGACUGGUUGGCUCUGUUUGCGCCAACGCCUCGGCGUCAAGCAGGCCUUACUGCUGCAACGCUGCUCAAACUCACCAGUGCCCAGUAUGGAACCAAACGACAAAAGAAGGCUGAGUCCAAGCCGGCGAGUGGGAGUGAAACAGCAGCUACGACUCAGGGUGAGAUUAGCGGUAAACAAGUAUGUGGAGAAACAACGCUGACCAAAAGAACAACACAUCCCAAACAUGCGGACCAACUAAAGCACAUAAAACAGGGUACAGAGGAUCCGGUCCGUUCCCAGCAGGACUCCACCAUCCAGGGUUGCUGUAGUUUGUGUAAAAGCCAUGCCUUGGAUCCAGAGUGGAAGGGCACCGCAGGAGGACAGGAGUGUCUCAAACACGAGCUCCAUCGCGGCUCUUCCCUGGGAUUCUCCUUGAAAACAAUCAAAAAGGAGCAAGUGGAGACUGGCGUGUCCUCCUGCUACUGCUGCUCCCAGGAGAGGUGUGUCGAGUACUGUCACAGACUGGCCCUCUUCCUGGAGGACAAGACCUUCAAGGAGCCAGAGGACGGCUCGCUGUCCGAGGUGUUCCACCACCACCAUCACCACCACCAUCAUCAUCACCACCAUCUUCAGCCCCCUCACUCCGUAACCCACCCAGCAGCCAUAACCAUCAGCCCCCACACCUACACCUGUUUCCCUGGCUACUACGUCCACUUCAGCCACCCGGACGCCUCCCCCUCUCCCAUAUCACCCCUCGCUUUGUGCCCAAAGAGCGGCAAGAGACCCAAGCUGCUCCCCAGCACCAGCCCACAGCCCUCAGGGAUUACCCAUCCAGUGUACUGCUGCACCUCGGUGGAGGCGUGCUACGGAGAGCCAUGCAGGAUCAACGGCUACUCCUCCUACACCAGUGUGAUUCCAGCCAUGGCCAGAGGAGGGUGCUCCUUCAGCCCCACGGACUGCACCACAUGUAACCACGGCAUCAAAAGAGACGACUACCCAUCAACCCUCAACGACCACCACAGUUCUUCCUCCAUCCCCAUCUGUCCCAGCCCCAGAACCUUCACUGGCUGCCCCUUUCCCACCGUGCCUCCAGCUGGCCAAUCAGUGCCCCACGUUCAGACUCCGCUGUCCGACCCCAGCCAACCACAGCCUCCGCUGCAGGUGGGGAGGGAGUGUCCGCAGAGUGCCAAGUCGCCCAGCGGGUCCAGGUCUGGCGCACGCGGCACCGGCAGCAUCAGCUCGGCUCUCUGCCCUCUCAACAGGAGCAAGAAGCAGAAGCUCGGCACUGCCAGUGUCGGAGGGCGAACGGUUGCCAAGCAGCCGAAGAACGGACGCCAGAAAUCCACCAAUGGCUGGCAUCCAGUUGGCCUGCCCUUUCAGAAGGAGGUUUUCUCUGUGGGAGAGGAGGCUCUGGUGCUGAGGAAGUGUUUCGAGGGAGUCCAGAGGGACGGGGAGCUGAUUCGGGUCAGAGACACUGUUCUGCUGAAAUCUGGACCUAGAAAGAAGUCUCUGCCUUACGUGGCCAAGAUCUCAGCUCUGUGGGAAGAGCCAGAGUCAGGAGAGCUGAUGAUGAGUUUGUUUUGGUACUACCGUCCAGAACACACACAGGGGGGACGCAAUCCCAGUAUACAUUGUGAGAAUGAGAUCUUUGCGUCUCGUCACCAGGAUGUGAACAGUGUGGCCUGUAUUGAAGACAAAUGCUAUGUCCUAACAUUGGCACAGUAUUGUCGAUUUUGUGCCUUGGUAAAACGCCAUAGGGAGGGCGUGCGCGACUAUGCCGCCUCCUUCGUGGUGCCACCCAUUGUCGGCAACGCCAUGCCCACCCACCACUGUGUGCCCGAUGACGUAGACCCAGACCUGGUGUUUUUCUGUCGACACGUCUAUGACUUUCGCUACGGACGCCUCCUCAAGAACCUGCAGUAGCAUCUGAUGGGGCAUGACACACAAUGCUAUUGGAAGUUAUGAUUAUGUUAUAAAUCCUCCGCAACUUUGAUUGGCUACGUACCUAGCUGCUGCUUGUGGGACAGGAACUGGAAAGUUUAGGAUGAAGGAUUCACGGCUACAUUUGUUUUCAAAUCUCUUGCUCGUACUUACAUGCCACACCUUUAUUUAGUAAGAGUUAUGGCCUGACAUACAGUAUAAAAGUUGUUAUGGCAGUGUAAUGGUCUUUGUCAUACAUGGCUCUGUGGUGUCGUAGCAGCUGUUUGGAGAACCUGGAACUUACUCUGCUGUAGAAAAUGCUACUGUAGCUCUUAGAAAUGUGACAUUUAAUAGGUAUGAACAGAGGUUGAUGUUACGUGUGAAUUAUGUUACUGUCUGCCUGACGCAUAUAAGACGCUCACUGUGUCUCAAUGAUACGCCAUAGCUGAAGAACAUUUUUGAGCAUUUCGUGCCGCAUUGGUCCUCUAGAGGAGACAAAGAGAUUUCUGAGCAGCUGACGAUUCAAUCACAUUUGAUAUUAGAUAUAUUCUGCAUACAAAUGUUUUUCAGAGAAGCUCCAGUGAACAUCUGUGUUCAAGGUGUUUUAGGGAAUAGUUUUGGGGAUAUUUUUCACUUUUCUUGACAAAAGUUAGAUGACAUAAUCGAUGCCACUCUUAUGUCUGUAUGUCUGUAAAUAUGAACCUAGUACCAGCAGUGCACUGCACCACCUAGCUUAGCAUAGAGUCUCGAAACAGGGCAGAGUCUGGCUAGCUGUGUCCGCCUGUUUCCAAUCUUCUUUUGCUUAGCUAAGCGAACUGAUUGCUGGCUCCAGCUAAUUAUUUACCAGACAAACAUGAGUCGUAUCCAGAUUCUCAUCAAACUCUUGGCAAGAAAGCAAAUGACCCAAUUUUCUAACUGUUCUAUGAUUUAACAUUUCCAUUUUCAUGUGACUGUGAUUGACCUGUAGGUCUAUACAGUAAGAGUUGAGUUCUUGAUCAGAAGGUUUGAUUAACUAAAAUUCAACUUUGUUACCAAUGAUUAAGUAUAGGCACGAAACGAGGAAGUUUUUUGCCUCCACCUCUCUGGUUUUUCUGAGAGAAGUAUGGGUUUUGUGUAACUCUUCAAUUCACCCGAAUGGUGAUUUUUUUUAAUGUAGUACAGACCUACACUCUACAAAGAAAGCACACUUCAGUUAGUUUGGUUUUGCAGUCUGAAGGCGUCCAGUGAGCUGAGCAUUGACGGGGUAUUUUGAUAUGCCAAUGCUGAGGAAUAUUUUGCUUUCUCAAAGCUGAUUGUCAGAGGUGUAAUAUGACUCCGGUGUCAGCUAACUGUAUAUUUGCAUUUAUAUAUCUGGAUGAGUGUCUGUUCUGUUCGUGGCAGAUGGCAUCAGUUAGUCACCUAUAUUCUUGUUUCUUCACCGAUGAGAUGGUGAGUAAUGUAUUCAGUGUAGCAUUUAGAUCCGUGAUGAUGAUGAUGAUCCAUUCCUAUGUCUGAGAGAAGAUAUGUAUUUAUUUCUGUACUGAGAAAAUAUAAUUUAUUUUCAAAAGAUAAUUUUAAAGAAUAGUUUUAGAUGAGUGGCUUUCAUUCCUGAUUAUAAAGGAGGUCUCUCCUUCUUAGCUGCACUGUCUAAGAUAAAAAAGUGUGAGUCAUUUGCAAUAGUAUUUUUUGUGACUGAUUGAGCUUGCUUGCCCAAUACAAGCCUAUUAAAUGUUGUGUUGAAAAUGUUGAAGUCCUCGGGGGCCUAUUUGAGGACACAUUUAGAAGGAUCUCAGAUACAGUUUGAAGGACACCUGCUAACAUGUGACCAGAGAUGCUUAACCUGCAGGACCAAAACAUACCUUGGCCUCUCCCAGCUUCCUGCCAUUCUCCUGUUACUUCUCCCUAAGAUGAUAAAGCUUUGCCUCUUCACCUUUAAAUGCCGAAUGCUACAAUGAUUUAAACCAACCUUGCCAUUAGCCUGUGCCCUUGAUCUUGCUGCCUUAUAGAACAUUCCCAGCCUUUCAUUUAGAGAUGUAUGCUGACAUCAGCCUCGGGUAAUGAGGCUUCUUAGUUUGCUGAUCUUGAUUCCUAGAUGCUUGAGAAGCAUCUCAGGUCCAUCGCAUUCAUGUGAUCUUUUUGUGCGAUCUGAGAGGUAAAACUGAUCCUUGAUGAACACUUUUUAUUUUGGCAAGAUUCUGCCCCAAGUUUCGAUACAAAUUCAAAGCAAUCUGUUUAAGAUCUGUGGCUGUUAAAGGAAUAGGGAGUUAAAUGAUAAGAUGGAUACACGACGAAGCUACAGCCAGCACCCGAUCAGCCUAGCUUAGCAUAAAGACUGCAGGGGGAACAGCUAGGCUUACUCUGUCAGAAAAGGCAAUGAAUCCACCGACCUGCACCUAUAAAACUCACUUAUUACCACGAUGUCUGUAAUAAUCAAAUCUUUAUGCUAAACUGGGCUAACUGUCCGCUUGAUAUCGCUUGAUAUUUAGCGUACGGUCACAAGUGUGGUAUUGAUUGUCUCAUCUAAUUCUGAGUUUGUAGUUUUGUGCUUCUCGAAGAACAGCGGCUGCAGUCAGCUUGCUUUCCAUCGGUUGGGAUGAAUUUCAGUCGUUUAAGUUUUCACGGUUGACAAAAAGUAUCAAAAUGUCCACAGAGACUUUUCUAAUCCACUUCUUCAUCAUAAUCCACCUCUCAGCUGUCCGUCUGUACGGGCAUUAUGUUCCAAACAAAAGACACAACUUCCUGGCAGAGCUUCAAGCAGUGAGGAAAUGGAUUAGGCUGCAGGAGUGUGUGAGAGGUUUUAUGUCUACUCUGCUAUGAAUUAUUUCAAUCCUUUGAAUCCAACACGUUUUAAGGUCCAAGCGCUGUUCUACAUGAACUGCAAACUAUUUACAGCCACCUUAAAACCACAGGGAGUAGUUGAUUGUGAAAAGAUAUAUUUUGGGUGGAGCACCAUUUAAAAAUGCCCACAUCCUGUCUACUUCUGCCUCACUCUUUGGGGGUUUGAGGGUUGAGUAGAUUACUUUUUGACUCCCGUUCAUCUAUUUCUAAAGAAAAGACCCUGACAGUUUGAUCAAACCAAAGGUUAUCUGUCUAUAUCAAAACUAAACUUUCUCCACUGACUGGAACAUUUAAUUGAACAUGGAUGGAUGGUGGAUGUACAUUAAUGAAGCCCACACUGUACAAUCCAUCAAAGCAGAAUUGGGUUUAUUUGGUUUGAUUUGGAUCCUCAAUUUUAAAUCCCCCUGGAGGUUCUGGAUCAGAGUUAGAUACCACACACAGUACAUGUAAUGGCCUUAGGAAUCACUCUGCAAACUAAAUAUGUCUAAUCAAGAUGUGUGAUACUUAUGUCUUAAUUGGUCCUCUGUGCCUGUUCCCAUUAACCCGUAUUUACUCCAAACGUUUUCCACAAAGAGAAAGAUGAGCUGUUGUUUUCAACCACCUUCAAAAUGCCUUUCAUUAACGCUGGUCUGAUCUUGAAUCACCGCAAAGAGGUGUUUGCACCAAAAACGAGAAAGAGGGGAAGGUACCGAAACAUGAAUUUUAAUUUCAUUCCCUGGUGUACAAAAAAAACUAUACUUUGGUUCUUCUGAUGUGAAUUUAUGUUCAUAUUCUUUGCAUGGCGUUUUUUGGAAAUAUCUUGGAAAUAUUAAUCACAGCACAGAUUAUUUGUAUGAUUUCAAAUGGA